AUGUCAUUACAGGAAUCCCUGACAUUUGAUGAUGUGGCCGUGGUCUUCACCUGGGAGGAGUGGCAGCUCCUGAGCCCUGCUCAGAAGGACCUGUAUCAGGAUGUGAUGUUGGAGAACUACAGCAGCCUUGUGUCAAUGGGGUAUGUAUCCAGCAAACCAGAUGCCCUCUCCAGAUUGGAACGAGGGGAAGAACCAUGGACAACAGCAGGUAAAAUCUACAGUCGAUUCUGUUCAGAAAUCAGAAAAGUUGAUGAUCCUCUGCAACAUCACUUGAAAAAUCAAAGCAUUCAGAAGAAUCUGGAGCAAGGCCAUGAACAUAAAGCAUUCAGAAAUAUUGUUAAUCAGAGCAAAGUUCAUUUUCCACUAAAGCAAAAUUGUGAAAAACCUUUACAAUCAAAUUUAAGUUUUAAAAGCCAGAAUAGAAGCUGUGACCUAAAGAAAUUUACUGAGAUUAAUGGAGAUGGGAAAUCUAUAUACAUCCAUGCAAACCAUGAAUGGUUUUAUACUGAAAUUAAAUUUCCUUUAAGUGCAAAACCUACCAAUAUGGCCCUGGUCAUUAAACAACAGAGAACUCAUAGCAUAGAGAAAAUACAUGAAUGCAGUGAGUGUGGGAAGGUGUUUGUCAGGGUGUCUCAGUUCAUCAAUCAUCAGAGAGUUCAUACAGGAGAGAAACCUUACAGGUGUAAAUGUGGGAAAGCCUUCUCCAGAAAGUCCCAGCUAACAGAACAUCAGAGAAAUCAUACAGGGAUGAAACAGUAUGAAUGCACCAAAUGUGACAUGUCCUUCCUCAAAAAAUUACAGUUCAGUGUGCAUCAGGAAACACAUAUGGGAGAGAAAUCUUAUAAGUGUAGUGAAUGUGGGAAAGCCUUCAUUAAAAAGUGUCGACUCAUUUAUCAUCAGCGUACUCAUACAGGAGAGAAACCCCAUGGAUGCAGCAUAUGUGGGAAAUCCUUCUCUACAAAGUUCAGUCUCACUACACAUCAGAAAACUCAUACAAGAGAGAAACCUUAUAUAUGUAGUGAAUGUGGAAAAGGAUUCAUUGAGAAGAGGUGUCUUAUUGCACAUAGUCGGACUCAUACUGGAGAGAAACCCUUCAUAUGCAAUAAAUGUGGGAAAGGCUUCACCUUGAAGAACAGUCUUAUCACACAUCAGCGAACGCACACAGGAGAGAAACCAUAUACAUGCAAUGAGUGUGGAAAAGGCUUCACCUUGAAGAGUCCUCUCAUCAGGCAUCAGCGGACACAUACAGGAGAGAAACCCUAUGUAUGCACCGAAUGUCUAAAAGGCUUCACCAUGAAGAGUGACCUAAUUGUACAUCAGCGAACUCACACUGCAGAGAAGCCAUAUAUGUGCAAUGACUGUGGGAAAGGCUUCACUGUGAAGAGCCGCCUGAUUGUCCAUCAGCGAACUCACACAGGAGAGAAACCUUAUGUGUGCAAUGAAUGUGGAAAAGGUUUCCCUGCAAAGAUCCGGUUGAUAGGACAUCAGCGAACUCACACAGGAGAGAAGCCUUAUAAAUGCAGUGAAUGUGGAAAGGGCUUUACUGAAAAGAGUCACCUCAAUGUACAUCGGCGCACUCAUACAGGAGAGAAACCCUACAUAUGCAGUGAAUGUGGCAAAGGCUUAACUGGGAAAAGCAUGCUUAUUGCCCAUCAGCGGAUUCACACUGGUGAGAAACCAUACAUAUGCAAUGAGUGUGGGAAGGGCUUCACCAUGAAGAGUACUCUAGGCAUACAUCAGCAAACUCACACUGGAGAGAAGCCUUACAAAUGCAAUGAGUGUGGUAAAGCCUUCAGGAAGAAGACAUGCCUUGUCCAGCAUCAGAGAUUUCACUCAGGAAACACUUCCUUUGCAUGUACUGAAUGUGGAAAAUUCUCUUUGCGCAAAAAUGACCUCAUUACCCAUCAGAGAAUUCACACAGGAGAGAAACCCUAUCAGUGCGGUGAAUGUGGGAAAGCCUUCACUACAAAGUCAGGGCUUAAUGUUCAUCAAAGAAAACAUACAGGAGAGAGGCCCUAUGGAUGUAGUGAUUGUGGGAAAGCUUUUGCCCACUUGUCAAUCCUUGUUAAACACAAGAGAAUUCACAGGUAGUUAUUCUGCUAGUUGUAAG